AGGAGCCCAGGACGCUGCAGCGGGCGGGGCGCCCUGGUCAGUUGCCGCCGGGGGUGGAAGGUCGGGUGGCGCGGGCUGGUGGGCUAGGACCGGGAAGGCCGCGAGGUCCAGAAGGGCUGAGGCUCAGAGUUUGCGGAUCCCAGACCCGGCUCGAGAUGACGAAUCCGAGGCUCGGAGAGGCGAUGUGACUUCCCAAGGCCACGCAGUAGCCGAGACCGGUUGGAAACCCGAAGAGUCCGGUUCCAAUUCUGUGCCAAGUGGAAGACAGUUCGAGAGAACCACUGAAGAGGGAAGAGCCAUACCCUCCCAGUUUCCCGGCAGCAGGCCACUGGAGCCGCCAGCAUUUGGAACCGAAGUAUCGCAAAAGGGGAAGGCCGAGUGACGGCCAGCCCUUGGGGGCUGGUGGCCUGCAGGUGACGGAAUCUACACCGCUUGCUGAGUACUCUGUCUGCCACCCAUGGUGGAGAUAGUGUCUGGGGCCUGGGGCCCAGACGCAGGGACCCACAUUAGCCUCCGGUUUCCAGCUGCAGGUGUGAACCAGACAGCCACAGUAGAUUGUCGCGAUGUGUGUGGCCUGAAUGUCUCUGACCGCUGCAGCUUCAUCCAGACCAACCCCGACUGCCACAACGAAGGAGGCUACCUGGACUACCUCGAGGGCGUCUUCUGCCACUUCUCUCCCGGCCUCCUCCCUCUGGCCAUCAUCCUUUAUGUCUUCUGGCUACUUUACCUGUUCCUGAUUCUGGGCGUCACGGCAGCCAAGUUCUUCUGCCCUAACCUCUCGGCCAUUUCCAUCACGCUCAAGCUGUCCCACAAUGUGGCAGGUGUCACCUUCCUGGCGUUUGGAAAUGGCGCACCCGACAUCUUCAGCGCCCUGGUGGCCUUCUCGGACCCGCGUACAGCCAGCCUGGCCUUUGGGGCGCUGUUUGGUGCGGGUGUGCUGGUCACCACUGUGGUGGCCGGAGGCAUCGCCAUCCUGCAUCCCUUCACGGCCGCCUCCAGGCCCUUCCUCAGGGACAUCAUCUUCUACAUGGGGGCCGUGUUCCUGACCUUCACCGCGCUCUACCUCGGCAGAGUCACGCUGGCCUGGGCCCUGGGCUCCCUGGGGCUGUACGUGUUCUAUGUGCUCACCGUGGUCCUCUGCACCUGGCUCUACCGCUGGAGACGGAGGAUGUCCCGGGUCUGCUCCACGCCGGGCACCCCAGAGCUGCUUUCUGAUGCCGAGGAUGACGUGGUGUCUUCCAACACCAACAGCUACGACUACGGCGACGAGUACCGGCCGCUGCUCUUCUACCAGGAGACCACAGUUCAGAUCCUGGUCCGGGCCUUGAACCCCCUGGACUACAGGAAGUGGAGAAACAAGUCUGUGUACUGGAGGGCCCUCAAGGUGUUCAAGAUUCCUGUGGAGUUCCUGCUGCUCCUCACGGUCCCCGUCGUGGACCCAGACAAGGACGAUCGGAACUGGAAGCGGCCCCUCAACUGCCUGCAUCUGGUCAUCAGCCCCCUGGUCUUGGUCCUCACUCUACAGUCUGGGGCCUAUGGCAUCUAUGAGAUAGGUGGCCUCGUUCCUGUCUGGGCCGUGGUGGUGACUGUGGGAACGGGCGUGGCUUCGGUGACUUUUUUUUCCACGUCCAACAAUGAGCCCCCCCGGCUGCACUGGCUCUUCGCUUUCCUGGGCUUUCUGACCAGCGCCCUGUGGAUCAAUGCAGCUGCCACGGAGGUGGUGAACAUCCUGCGGUCCCUGGGCGUGGUCUUCCGGCUGAGCAACACCGUCCUGGGGCUCACCCUGCUCGCCUGGGGCAACAGCAUCGGAGACGUCUUCUCAGACUUCACGCUGGCCCGUCAGGGCUACCCGCGGAUGGCCUUCUCGGCCUGCUUCGGUGGCAUCAUCUUCAACAUCCUGGUGGGCGUGGGACUGGGCUGCCUUCUCCAGGUGUCCCGGAGCCACGCAGACGUGAAGCUGGAGCCGGACGGACUGCUGGUGUGGGUGCUGGCCGGCGCGCUGGGGCUCAGCCUCACCUUCUCCCUGGUCUCGGUGCCGCUGCAGUGCUUCCAGCUCGGCAAGGGUUACGGCUUCUGCCUGCUCCUCUUCUACCUCAACUUCCUGGUCAUCGCCCUGCUCACCGAGUUCGGAGUGAUCCAUCUGAAGAGCGUGUGACCAACGCUGAACUGCCGAGCCCACCCGGUGGCGUGGAGAUGACACCCUACGCGGGGCCGCUGUGAGGGGAGCACCUUCAGCAGAGCCCACACGGGCGUGAGCAGGCUGCAGGCUCCUGUGGACGGCUCUUGCUGCUGCUUUGUGCGGGGGGACAGCAAAGUCCCUCUAUGGCCAACGCCAACAGCCUCAGUGCUAGGCCCUUGGAGACUGGGCUUUGCUGUGGGUGAGGAGUCCGGGACAAAAGCCUCUCUCCAGAUCCUCUCUGGGAGGUUGGAGGCUGGACAACAAAGGGGACUGGGUGCCCACGGGGCUGUGCCAGAAGAGCCCUGGAGCGUUUGGGGCCGCGGGCACCUGCAGAGUCGCAGCUCCCGCCUGUUCCUCCUCACUGGGCUUCAGGCCUUCCUGCACCUUCUCAGGGCCCAGAGGCCGCCCAGCCCUGGCUCAGCACCAGGAUGACUUGGACAGGAGGGCCCAGGGUGGGUCCUCGCACUGCGCCAUCUGGCGGAAUAGGACGUGAGCCGUAGCUAAGCGUGACCUUCCUAGCUGCCACGUUAAUAAAGCCGAAGACACAGGAGGAAGUAA